UGGAAAGAAACGGCUGUCAAACACUUCCGGGUGUGUCUGACUUUUUUUCCUCGCUUUAACUUCGUAACUUUUUAAACAGAGUUUGGUUUAGUUUUUCAGCUCGGAACCUUUAAAUGUGUGGAUUUAACCGAAAAACGGCGACGAAGAAGGAAGAAAGUUCACGUUUAGAAGAAGAAGAAGCAGAAGAAGGGGUUUGUUUUUAAAAUUGUGAAGGAAGUUGGAGGAACUGAAGUGGGCGGAGCAAGAUGAUGGAGGAGCACAGAGGGGACGUCAGCCUGGCGUCCGGCGCCACAGAGAUGGAGACGACUCCUACGGACGCGAACAGUAACUGCAACCACGCAGACAACGGUGUCACUUCCUGUCCAGCUGAGGCCAUGGCAGAGGUCAACAUGGAAACAGGGCAGGACAAAGACCUUCCAGUGUCACCCCAGACACCAGGAAGAGGACCUGUGGUGAUUCAAGGCAACAACAAGAACCCAGCCAGUGAGAAGCUGCAAAGAGUCCGCAAGUGGAGCAUCAGCGCCUACAAGUGUACCAGGCAGGCUCUAUCAGAGAAGCUCGGCCGUGGAUCCCGUACGGUGGACCUGGACCUGGAGCCUCGCCUCGAACUGCUCAAAGACGACCGACAACGCUACGAUAACAUGACCAAGCUGGCUCAGACACUGGCCAAUCAGCUCACUCAGUUCACAGUUACCCAGAAGACCUUGGGGGACGCCUUUGCCGAGCUCAGCCUCAAAACACCAGUGCUGCAUGUGGACUUUGGUGUAAAUGCAGAGGCUCAGAAGUUUCUGUCUAAGAGCGGUGAGACUCUGGCGGCGGCCAUUAACGCCUUCACAUCCGACAUGAACACUCUGAUCAACAAAACCAUCGAGGACACUAUGAUCAACGCCAAGCAGUAUGAGGCUGCCAGGAUCGAGUACGAUGCGUACCGAGUCGACCUGGAGGAGCUGAACCUGGGGCCCCGGGACGCCAUCACUCUGCCCAAACUGGAGCAGGCCCAGAAAGACUUCCAGAACCAGAGGGAGAAGUACCAGAGGAUCAGAGAUGACCUGUCCAUCAAGGUGAAGCUGCUGGAGGAGAACAAGGUCAAAGUCCUCCAUAACCAGCUGUGGCUGCUCCACAGCGCCGUUGCUGCUCACAGUUUAUCGUGUCACAGCUUCCUCCAGCAAAACAUCCAGCAGGCUGGCGAACUCCUCAACAACCCCAGCGUAGAUGCCCCCUCCUGGCUGGAGGAAAGUUGACACAACAACCACCAAAAAAAAAUGGCCAGAAAUAUGUUCGGAAAGAUGUUUUGGGAUAAAUGGACACCAUUGUGGGGAAAGUUAGGGAGGGAUUGUUUUGGGAUUUUUUAAUGUUUGGAUGGAUUUGGGAUAGUUUUAUACCAGAGUGGAAUUGGGAGUUUGUGGGUUUAGGAUAUAUUUCCAGCUUCGCUACAAAAAGAGGCAGUUAGAUAGUUUAGAGGGAAAUUAAUUAUUUUGGAUUUUGAAUGGGUUUCCUGGGUCCUGAUAUACCUCCUGCAGGCCUGGAAAGGCUUAGAAAAGGGGGAAUUUCAUCACUUUCCGACUCUUAAACUGUUGUGGAACUGCACAACAAGUGAUAUUUGGAGUGUUUUCAAAAGGAUGUUCAUUUUUUUGAACUCUUGAAAUGAUAUUAAGAACAAAGGGGGGGGUCUUAAGAAUGAUCUUUCUUUCUAUACAUACAAUCAUAGACCUAUAGUACUUGUGACUUUGGAGCUAAUUUCUUGCCUCUGUCUCAGAGAGUUGGGGGGUAAAUCCAUCUAAUCCUCUGUGAGGCACUAAGCUUUUCUUUGAACUUUAAAAAAAUCCUGAGCCACUGCAGUCAGAAACUCACAGCGACUAAAUGUGCCUCAACACCACUGCAGGAAAACUGCUUCACUGUCUAUACGAUUCCACAACUCUGCACCUGCUGGCUUCCUAUAGACAGUUCUGCUUCGGAUCUGCGUCCAUGUUGAUAAAAUGCCAGGACUCUUAUUGAAUCUAAUGUGUUUUGUUCUUUUUUUAUUAGCAAUAAAAACAUUCUGUGAGCUUCUCAUAUUUUAGCCGGUACUGAUGACUGAUGACCUUUUGCCGGGUAAAAUGAUAAACAUUGCCUCCAGCAGAUCAUAUUCAGCUGUAGCUAAUUAGCGUUAAUGCCAGAAGUUAUUUACUAGAAUUAAACUUGGCUGUUCUCUGCAAGCCGGUGUUUGAUCUUGGCCAAGAUUAUUUAAAAGCAGCACGUUUUAGCAUCUGCACUCCACAACUGCAAAAGUGGACUGUUUUUCUAGUUCAAUAAGACCAACAGUGUGGUGAGUCUUCUCUAGAGAAACGAAAAGCUGAUCUUAUCAUAUUCAUUUCAUUCAUCGGAAUCUCCUGGUUAAGUUUCAUAUUAGUCAUUUAUGCCUGUCAACUUUUAGAAUAACUUUGGCAUUUUGUAACCUGGACCCUAUUUUCCCAUGUUUUUGUGUCUGUUAAUAACUGGGAAAUCUUUUCAAAUGGUCCAUUGAGUGAGUGCGCUGCAGUGGAACAAGCCUGCAAUUGUACCCCGUCAAAGUACGUCCUGUAAAGUGAUUGUUUUUGCCACAGACAGGCUCAGAUUGUUAUUAAAAGUGUCUGACAACAUUGUGGAAAGGAUCCCUACAGAGACCUACACCUUUUAUUAAGGGAAUAUGGUGGUUUUGAUGAGACUGAUAUAGUGACUGUUUCUGGUUAAACAAAAACGAUCUUACUUUUUUUAAAUAGUUUAUGUCUGCAGGGAUCCUUUACAUAAAACUGUCACUUACAAUAACAAUUUGAGCCUGUCAGUGGCAAACCAAGCACUUGAGGUAACCACAGUCCUGUUUUGCUGCAGCACGCUUUCUCAAUACUUUCUCAAUACAACAAAUGUUGUUCCAAUUAGUCAUAAAAACCAUGGGAAAAAAGGAUCCAGGUUGAAAAAUACCUAAGCUACCAUUUAAUCAGAACUCAGGAAUUUGAAGCAAGUAGCUGGUGGGGAAAAAAAGAAAGUAGACUGUGUUAUUUUAAUGUGGCAGAUAUAUUUAAUCAACAUGCCAUAUCAUCUGUUUCACAGGUUGUGAAAAAAAAAAAUUGGAGUGACACUCUAGUCUGUAAUCUGUUCUUGAGCCAACAAAUGUGCACAUUUCAAUUUAAUCUUCUAGUCACCUUUUAUUACAAAUGUUGACAGCAGAACCAAAAUAAAGGAUUGAUGAGGGAUUCAAAAGGAUUCAUAUUUGAUGAGUGGAUUCAGAACUGGGUUCAGAUUUUCUAAAAUGCUAUCAAACCCCAGCAUCAGCAUGCUACACGCUGAGGAGGAGUUUGGACCAUAAACUUAACUUUCCAGCUACAUAGUUAGCUCCAGCUGCACCUUGCUGGUCAUUUCCUUAUGAUGCUCAGCAUCAUGUUGAGACCAAUACUUUGCUAUGAACCCCAAAAUGUUGCCUUGUCAUUGGUGAAGAAUGUCUGGUUUGUUGUAGCCAGUCUGUCUGGCAAUGUUUCACCCGUAGCCAAAGUUUCUCUGCUUUACUCUUCACAUUGCUACACCAGCGGGUUACACGUUGAGGAAAGAUUUAGAUGGUUAAUGGACCUGUUUGGCUAGCCUGCUAACUACACUUGUCUAGUUGGCUGCUGACAUUUCCUUCUCUGGUUUACAUGAUAAGAUGUUCAGCAGCAUGUUGACACCAACACUUUGCUAUGAACCACAAAAUGUUGUUAUACGUCAACGAUGUUGCUUUGUACCCGUAGCCAAAGUUUCUUUGAUGAAACGCUACAUUGUCGCUGCUCCUGGGAUACAGUGUCUCUGUUCACAUUACAGAACCAGCAGAUUACACAUUUAGGAAAUUUAUGGAUGGCUUGUCGAUGCCUACCUGUGCGGCUAACUUUGUUUUGGUUUUUUUCUGUGCGGCUAACUUGCUAGUUUGCCGCACAGCCAGUAACUGGUUGGCUGCUGGUCAUUUCCUUCUUUGGUUUACGCGACAAGACGUUCAGCAUAAUAAUAAUUUCAUCAUUUCAGACAAGCCAAAAAAUUUUGCUGUAUGUUGAUGAUUUUGCUUUGUUUGUUGGAGAAGAAACAUUGGCUGAAGCUGAUCUUAGCAAAUCAGUAGCCAAAGUUUAGGUGUUUUAUGUUUUUGUCUGUCUGAAUUAACAAUGUGAUAUGUAACAAUAUACUCCUUUUUUACACACUAAAAUAAUGUUUUUGAAUAAUUUCUUAUCAUAAAAUACUAUGUUGUAAAAAAGAGAUUAUAUUCAGUUUAUUUGAAAAUACUGAAUAAAUGUGCUGCCUAGUGUAUGUUUUUGUUUUUCUUCUGAUAGAGCCCAAAGUUUGUAUGCUCUCCUGUUCAAAUUGAUUAUAAUUUGGUGGACAAAAUAAUAGAAACACAAAGACAAAUUGCCACAACUCAAUGCAACAGCCAGAUAUUUGUGAAGCUCAACCCUUCAGUCUGGUUUUGAUUAAAUUCUUAAGGCAGUGUUGACUUGAAUUGUGUUGUAAUGUGAAAUGUUGCUGUUAUUUUGUCCAUCUCCUGAAUGUCCUUGUACUCUACCCAGAGUCUUGUUAUGUGUGAUAAAAUGUUCCGUGGAUUGACUCCUU